UUUCUCUGAAGCUUCAUCUUCAAGAUGAAGUUUUUAUUAGUGGUUUUCUUUUUCAUCUCAUUCUCCUUAUGGGUUGAAGAAGUCUGUUCCAAAGAGAAGUCUUCAAAGAAAGGAAAGGGGAAAAAGAAGCAGUAUCUGUGUCCAUCCCAGCAAUCAGCUGAAGACCUUGCAAGAGUACCAGCUAAUUCUACCAGCAAUAUCUUGAAUAGAUUAUUGCUCAGUUAUGAUCCCAGGAUAAGGCCUAAUUUCAAAGGAAUUCCAGUCGAUGUUGCAGUCAACAUCUUCAUUAACAGCUUUGGGUCAAUUCAAGAGACAACUAUGGAUUAUAGAGUCAACAUCUUUCUAAGACAGAAGUGGAAUGACCCAAGACUCAAACUUCCCAAUGACUGGAGGGGUUCAGACACACUGACAGUGGACCCAACUAUGUUUAAAUGUCUGUGGAAGCCAGACUUAUUCUUUGCAAAUGAAAAAAAUGCUAACUUCCAUGAUGUCACACAAGAAAAUAUCCUUCUUUUUAUAUUUCGGGAUGGAGAUGUCCUAGUCAGCAUGAGAUUGUCUAUUACGCUGUCAUGCCCUUUGGACUUGACCUUGUUCCCUAUGGAUACGCAGCGCUGCAAGAUGCAAUUGGAAAGCUUUGGUUACACAACUGAUGACUUACGGUUUAUCUGGCAGUCUGGAGAUCCUGUACAGCUAGAGAAAAUUGCUCUGCCUCAGUUUGAUAUUAAGAAGGAGGAUAUCGAGUAUGGUAACUGUACCAAAUAUUAUAAAGGCACAGGUUAUUACACUUGUGUAGAAGUAAUCUUCACUUUAAGAAGACAAGUUGGAUUUUACAUGAUGGGUGUUUAUGCUCCUACACUGCUAAUUGUUGUUCUAUCCUGGCUGUCCUUUUGGAUCAAUCCUGAUGCAAGUGCUGCAAGAGUCCCGCUGGGUAUUUUCUCAGUGCUCAGUUUGGCUUCUGAAUGUACCACUCUUGCUGCUGAACUUCCCAAAGUGUCUUAUGUGAAGGCCCUAGAUGUCUGGCUGAUUGUUUGCCUUCUCUUUGGGUUUGCAUCCCUGGUGGAAUAUGCAGUGGUUCAGGUAAUGCUAAACAAUCCAAAGAGAAUUGAAGCUGAAAAAGCAAAGAUUGCUAAGGCAGAGCAAGUGGAAGGGAAGGGUGGAAAUGCUGCCAAGAAGAACACUGUGAAUGGCACAGGGACUCCUGUCCACAUCAGCACUUUACAGGUUGGUGAGACCAGAUGCAAAAAAGUUUGCACUUCAAAAUCUGAUUUGAGAUCCAAUGAUUUCAGCAUCGUUGGAAGCUUGCCAAGGGAUUUUGAAUUGUCUAAUUAUGACUGUUAUGGGAAGCCCAUAGAAGUCAACAAUGGGCUUGGGAAAUCUCAAGCCAAGAACAACAAGAAACCUCCUCCUCCCAAGCCUGUCAUUCCAUCAGCAGCGAAGAGGAUCGAUCUUUAUGCAAGAGCAUUAUUCCCUUUUUGUUUCUUGUUCUUCAACGUCAUAUACUGGUCCAUAUAUUUAUGAUGAUUUUUUUUUUCAUAUGUGUAAAAUAUAUCCCAUUUCGUUAUUGCAGUCAUGAAGGCCACUGUGUGACAUUAUUUGCAUUUGCAAAGCAAUAUGUUUUAUUUUGAUGCCAUGUGAUUGUACUGAACUUAUGGCAUCUGAAAUUUGAAUGAAAGCAUGACACUGCAAUGUCUGUGCUCUGACCAACUUUGUAUAUAAAUGUACAGCAUACAUCCUGCUUUAGGAAUAUAUAUGAAGGACAAUGCAUACUACAUUAUGAAGCUGAAUAAUGCUCUACAGUUAUUAGUAACAUACGAAGAUUUAAAUUGUUUCUGACAAUGAAACUGAUAUGCACGUUGAGUAUUAUUAAAGUCAGUAUUCUAGUAUAUGUAGUAUUUAACAGCUUUCCUGCUGCCUUACAGAGGAAAAAAAACAAACCACACCAAACAUCUUGUUCUUGUAUAAUUUUAGAUGGCACUGUUGAAGAAAAGCUAAGAUGUGAUUCAUAUUAUUUAGACUUUGUAAAUGAAAGCAGCAUUGAACAAGCUGAUCUUGUCUGUGUGAAAAAUAAAGAUCAGAGGAUUA